AUGGCCCCCUCCUGCUGCUCCUCGUGCUGCAAGCCUACCUGCUGCAGAACCACCUGCUGCAAGACCACCUGCUACAAACCAACCUGUGAACCCAGCUGCUGCAGCACACCCUGCUGCAAGCCCAGCUGCUGUGAGCCUUCCUGCUGCCCCAGUUGCUGCAUCGUUCCCUGCUGCUCUCCAACUUGCUGUGAAACCACCUGCUGCAAGACCACCUGCUGCAAACCAGCCUGUGUGGUCAGCUGCUGCAGCACACCCUGCUGCAAACCCAGCUGCUGUGAGCCUUCCUGCUGCCCCAGUUGCUGCAUCGUUCCCAGCUGCUCUCCACCUUGCUUUGAAACCACCUGCUGCAAGACCACCUGCUGCAAACCAGCCUGUGUGAUCAGCUGCUGCAGCACACCCUGCUGCAAACCCAGCUGCUGUGAGCCUUGCUGCUGCCCCAGUUGCUGCAUCAUCCCCUGCUGCCAAUCCUGCUGCUGCCAGCCCUGCUGCCCUCCUACUUGCUCUCGAACCACCUGCUGCAAGACCUCCUGCUCCAAAAACACCCGUGUGACCAGCUGCUGCAGCACACCCUGCUGCCAGCCCUGCUGCUGUGUCUGCAGCUGCUGCAAGCCUUGCUGCCCAUGA